AGCAAGUUUGCAAAAAAGAAACCAGCACAAUAUAGCUUAACACAAAACCACUAAACACUAAUUAUGGCUUCACAGCUAUUUCAUGUACUAGUGUUACUUAUAUUGACACUCACAUUCACAUACACCUCAGCCGAUGAGCCUCAAUCCGAGUACUGCAACCCAAACACCAUGACAAGCAGUAGCAGCCCAAUAUCAGCCAACAUAGACCACUUGUUAGCUAAUGUAGUCACCAAAUUCCAGCAGGGUGCGACCUAUGUCAAGGCGGCGUCCGGCAAAGGCGACGACACCAUCUACGGCCUAGCCCAAUGCCGAGGUGAUGUUGGCUCAAAGGACUGUUUGAGCUGCAUCAAGGAUGUGGCUCAAAGGAUUAGAAAAACCUGUCCUAGUCAAUCUGAAGCAUGGGUUCGGUAUGAAUAUUGCUACUUGAAGUAUUCCCAAGAUAACUUUUAUGGUAAAGUGGAUACAUCAACUGGAGGCUUACUAUAUAAAAACACUCAAAAUGUCCCAAAUCCAGAUUCUUUCAACAAAGAAUUGGGAAAAUUAUUUGAUAAGAUCGUUUCGAGGGCGGUCAAGCCUUCGAGUGGUGGGCUAGGGAAAGAUGAGAAGAAACUGUCUGAUUUCGAGACUUUAUAUGGGUUGGUUCAGUGUAAUAAGGACUUGUCUCCUUUGUCUUGUGGUCAAUGCUUGGCUAUAGCCAUUCAGAACUUCGAAGGAUUUUGCAAAGAUAGUCAAGGAUGCAGGGUUGUGUAUAGUAGUUGCUUUGUUAGAUAUGAACUCUACCCAUUUUACUUCCCUUUAGAUGGGCAGUCUUCUAAAGAUAAGGAUCAUACUAUAAGGAAGCCAAUCAUGGAUAAUAAUUAAGACUCUCUGUUAUCGUAAGAUUAAAUUGAAGUAAAUAAUGCAAAGCAAUAUGUUAUAUUUGCCAAGUUGUUCAUUCAAUGUAAGUCGAACAAAUUUGAUGUUAUUAUGUUUUAUAUAUAUAAAAAACUGGUUAUCGGCCUCGGUGAUGCACCAGAUUAUUGUUAUGUCA